GCCAUUCAGUUGCUUGUCAGUUCUUCAUCAGCUUCAAAACCAAACACUUCAGCUGCAGCGUAAGCUUGCAGGGCACCAGAGAUCAGGCAGCAAUGGCCAGCUCGGUUGCAAACACUGCUAGUAGCAUGCGCCGCCGCCUCCUGCCCCUCGCCGCCGUCGUGGCUCUGACGAUCCUGGCGCCGCCGGUGGUGUCGGAAGAACGGGUCCCUGUGCGGCUGACGGUGUACGUCCAGGAAGUCCUGGACGGGCCGGGGCAGACGGAGAAGCUGCUGAUUAAGGGCCCCGGCCCGGAGAACCCGAGAGUGUGGCCCCCGUACAACCUCUUCGGCGACACGGUUGUGAUGGACGACCUCGUCACCGAGGGCCUCGGCAACGACACCGCGCCCAUCGGCCGCGUGUACGGCAUCUACAUGACGGCCUCCAUGACCCGCCCGGUGUACUCGGUGAGCUUCACGCUGCUGCUCACCGCGGGGCCCUACAGCGGGAGCACGCUCGUGAUGGCCGGCAUCGACGACGACGACAUGGAGGUCAGGGAGCACGCCGUGGUGGGCGGGACGGGCGCGCUCCGGGGGGCCGAGGGCUACGUGCUGGGCGUGGUCACGCCAUUCUCGCCCACGUACGUUGUGAUGGAGCUGGACGUGUACGCGACCGUGCCGGUGCCGACGACCGAAGCCAAAGCGGCUGCCUCUCAUCUCAUAACCGACCAGUGAUCCACUAGCUUGCUUGCUAUCCCCUCUAAUAAUUCAAAUGGUAGAUCAUUUUAGCAAAUCUAAAUGUAUAAUUUUUACUAUGUAUCUAGAUAUAAUAUUUAUCUAGAUACGUAGCAAAACUUUUGUAUCUAAAUUUAUCAAAACGACCUACAAUUUGGAAUCAAGGGAGUACUCAAUAAUCCAUCAUUGUGCCCUACUGCGUGCCCUUUGCUUCGUUCGAUGGGUACGUGUUAGCGCUGCGUCUUUUGCUACUACACCAAUGCAAGGUGAGAAAUAAAAUAAAUCUGCCUCCUCUUGGCCCAAA